AUGCACCACUGCAAAGCCCCUCCCACCCACUGGUCCUCCCCCUCCCCCACAACGCACCCAUUCCAUCAGGUGGUGGACGAGGAGCAGAGGGCGCUGUACGACCGGUUUGGGGCGGCAGCGCUGAGUCGACUGAAAAAUCACACACCAGUACUUCGCGCCUCUCACCCUUCCCCCCCCGCCCCCCAUCAGGUGCUGGUGGACGAGGAGCAACGGGCGCUGUACGACCGGUUUGGGGCGGCAGCGCUGAGCCGCGACUUUAUGUCGGGCAGAGAGGGCAGCGCACAGCGCAAGGGAGCGGCGUGGGAGGCGUUUGACACGUGGGACGAGUUCCAGCCGUUCCAGCGCAAGACGCGCAAGGGCGACGCGAGGCAGGCAGCAGCAAGCAGGUGGUCGUCAGACAGCGAGAGUGAGGGCGAGGGGGAGGGCCAAGGAGCGGGGGCAGCAGGGGCAGGGGUGGUGGAGGCGGUGACAGGCGAUGUGGUGGAGUACCCACUCUCUGCUGCUGUCAGGGACAGAUUCGAUGACGGCCGCACCAAAGGCGUUGGCUUCGUGGUUGGCCGCAAUAAAGGUGCGCUGCUUCCCUGCCACGCCCCUUGUCUUGCUCUCUUCCACCCUGCCACCCACUGCUUCUUCUGUGUUGCCUCCCUUAUGAACCUGGGGCUGGUGGAGAUAGAGCCGCUAUUCCAGGAGGCAGGCGAGGAUGUGUGGCAGACAGACGCCCUUGAGAGUGCCGCCUUCGCCUCUCUGCCCGACCUCAGAGUGCUGCGCACUCUCUCCUGCUCUGUGCCUUGCCAUCCCCCUCCCCUUCCCUGCUCUCCUGGUCUGCACCGUUCUAACCCCCUCCUCCCCCGAUUUUCUUGCUCUGUGCCCGCCAUCUCCCCUCCCGCUCUCCUACUCUGUGCCCUCCCAUCCGCCCCCCCUCCAUACUCUCCUGCUCUGUGCACUGCCAUCCCCCUCCCUCGUUCCCCACUCUCCUGCCCUGCUCUCUGUCAACCCCCCUGCCCACCAUGCAUGUCGGCAGGAGUUUGA